AUGCCGUCCAGUGAGCGAGCCAAUCUCGGCGUGUGUAGUGACGACGAAGACUUUCAUGACUAUCGCUCGGACGACGAUGUCGAGUACAUCGACGAUGACGACGAUGAUAUGGGCUACUUACCCAUCGAGCCUGCCCGACGACCCGCCAACAAUCCGCCCCCUGUACCUCCGCCGCAAGCACCUCAACCUCCGCCGCAUCGUCGAACGAACAUGUUCGGCGGGAUGAGAGAGGACGAUUACGCUCGCGUAGCAGGACAAGGUCUUGACCCUUUUGCCGCUUUUCAAGGGAUGGGCGGUCCUAUGGGCAGAGGCAUGGCCGCAGGAGGCUUUGGGAGAGUGUUAGGAGGCAUGAUGGGUGCAGGCGGGGGUCAUGGAAUGGGCUACCAAGCUAGCGCUGCGGCAUUUCGGCAGAACUAUAGAGCUUACUCGACUGCUGUCUUUGAGAUCCGCGAGGGUCGGGCGGAUGGUACCGGGGUUCAUGGGCAAGGAAGGGCGAACCUCAUGUACGGCGGCAAGAUCCUAAUGCCACCGGAAGCGCUUCAAAUGCUCACUGAUCUCGAUCUGGAAUCGCCCUGGAAUUUCGAGAUCAUCAACGCACGUCAUCAGGACUUGUCCACCCAUGGCGGCGUGCUCGAAUUCAUUGCUGGACCGGGCACAGUCCACUUGCCAGGCUGGAUGAUGACCAAGCUUCAGCUGAACGAAGGCGAUCAGGUACGGAUCAAUGGCGCUAAACUGCCGAAAGGCAAGUUCAUCAAAGUGCAAGCUCAAUCAGUCCUCUUUCUCGAACUCAGCGAUCACAAGGCGGUACUCGAACAAGCGCUUCGCAAUUAUGCCACCCUCACAGCUGGCGAUAUCAUUGAAAUUGGCUACAAUGGCAUGACCUUUGAGAUACUGAUCAUGGAGACCAAGCCGGAAGGCGCCAUCAGUGUUUUCGAGACCGAUAUAGAGGUGGAUUUUGCUGCACCCAAGGGAUAUGUCGAGCCAGAGCGCAAGCCAGCUCCGCCUGCACCCACAAUGGCUUCCAAGCUCGGCAUCGACAUUUCGGCAACGCAAGAUGUAGAUGCAAAGGGUCAAGCGACAAACGGGAGCAGCUCAGCAGCGCAGGCCGCCUUCAAUAGCUUCGUCGGCAGUGGCAACACGCUUGCUGGUAAACGUGUCAAAGGUAAAGGCACGUCGACAAAGAAGGUCCAAGAGGUCGACCCGACCAGUCGAAUAGUUCGAACAGACCAGCCGCGUAUUGUCACAGCAGAUACGCAGAUUGGCGGCCGUCGUGUGCCUGCGCGGCUUGACCUGCCUUAUGGCACGCUCUUCUUCGGCUGGCACGUUAUUGCACCCGACGCACCAAAGGAAGAGACCGACAUGGCCGAUGCACUUCAGCAACCCUCGACGACAGUUCCCUUUGCAGGCAUGGGCCAAGGUGUCACUCUGAGCGGACGACCGUCUGCCAAUACCUCUGCGGCGCCUUCGCCUGGCCCUUCGCCUGCACCACCACCUACCUCGAGCGUUUUCGCUGGAUCCGGCAACACACUCAGCGGUCGUAGCUCACGAGCCGCGAAUCAUGAGGUCAUAGAGAUCGACUGA